AUGGCUUCCACGAAGACUCAAACCAUUCCCGCGACAAAAGGCAAAAGCUUGAGCUCCUCCUUCUCAAGCAGAGUCUCUGCUAGGGUCAUCACAUGGAGCAAGGCCAAGCUGGCCUAUAUGAGCGAAGCGGUCACAAAAUUGACGAAGGAGGCACAUCAUGAUAAGGAGCCUAGUCAAGAUGUGCAUAAGAAAGGACCACAUCAUGAAGCUGAAUCCAGUGAGAAAGGAUUGGGUCAUGAAAUAGAAUCGGGUGAGAAGUUGCAUGGAAAAGGCGAUGCCUCCUCAGUGGGUUCUUUAUCGGUCCAACAAUUUCAGGACAUGAUCGCGAACACCAUCAGGGUUCAAUAUGGAGCUCUUUCCCAAGACACGCUCAUAUAUUCCAAGCCAUACACCAGGAGGAUAGACAACCUACGGAUGCCAAGAGGGUGA